AUGCAGGCGGCUAAUGUCAAUUUGGCAGUUGGAUCUUUUGUUUGGGUAGAGGAUCCUGAGGUAGCUUGGAUAGAUGGAGAAGUUGUUGGAGUUAAUGGUGAAGAGGUGGAAAUAAACUGUACAUCAGGGAAGACAGUUGUGGCCAAAGCAUCCAAGGUCUACCCAAAGGAUCCUGAGUUUCCUGAAGGUGGUGUAGACGAUAUGACAAAGUUGGCUUAUCUGCAUGAACCAGGGGUUCUGCAGAAUUUGAGCUGUCGGUACGCUAUGAAUGAGAUAUAUACUUACACAGGGAGUAUAUUGAUAGCUGUGAACCCUUUCCAGAGACUACCUCAUUUAUAUGAUACUCUCAUGAUGAAAAAGUAUAAAGGAAUGGCUAUCGGCGAGCUGAACCCACAUCCGUUUGCUAUUGCUGAUGCUGCAUACAGGCAGAUGAUUAAUGAGGGAAUAAGCCAGGCAAUUUUGGUCAGUGGAGAAAGUGGAGCUGGAAAAACAGAAAGUACAAAGAUGCUUAUGCAUUAUCUUGCCUAUAUGGGUGGAAGAGCUGCAUCUGAAGGACGGUCUGUGGAGCAGCAAGUCCUAGAGUCUAAUCCUGUUCUCGAAGCAUUUGGUAAUGCAAAGACUGUCAGAAAUAAUAAUUCAAGUCGUUUUGGUAAGUUCGUGGAGCUUCAGUUUGAUAAAAGGGGAAGAAUCUCAGGAGCUGCCAUCAGAACUUAUUUAUUGGAAAGAUCGCGUGUUUGUCAAGUGUCUGAUCCUGAGAGAAAUUACCAUUGCUUUUAUAUGCUCUGUGCUGCACCACCAGAGGAUGUUGAGAGGUACAAAUUGGGAAAUCCAAAAACAUUUCGUUAUCUAAAUCAGUCAAACUGCUAUAAGCUGGAUGGGGUGGAUGAUUCUAAGGAGUACCUCACAACUAGGAAAGCUAUGGAUGUUGUUGGGAUCAGCCCUGAUGAGCAGGAUGCCAUAUUUCGAGUUGUAGCUGCAAUACUCCAUUUAGGCAAUAUUGACUUUGCAAAGGGGACAGAAGCUGAUUCUUCUGAACCCAAAGAUGAUAGAUCUCGGUCCCAUCUCAAAACAGCUGCUGAGCUCCUCAAGUGCAAUGAGAAAUCACUUGAAGAUUCUCUUUGCAAACGUGUGAUGGCGACCCGUGAUGAGACCAUAACAAAAUGCUUAGAUCCAGACACUGCAGCCACCAGUAGAGAUGCUUUGGCCAAAAUUGUUUAUUCAAGAUUAUUUGAUUGGCUUGUGAAAAAGAUAAAUAACUCUAUUGGUCAAGAUCCUGAUUCAAAAUAUUUGAUUGGAGUUCUGGAUAUUUAUGGAUUUGAGAGUUUCAAGACAAACAGCUUCGAGCAAUUUUGUAUCAAUUUGACAAAUGAAAAAUUGCAGCAACAUUUCAACCAGCAUGUCUUCAAGAUGGAACAAGAAGAAUAUACUAAAGAAGAAAUUGAUUGGAGUUACAUAGAGUUCGUAGAUAAUCAGGAUAUUCUUGAUCUCAUUGAAAAGAAACCUGGUGGCAUAAUUGCUCUACUAGAUGAGGCUUGCAUGUUCCCCAGAUCAACACAUGAGACGUUUUCACAGAAGCUUUAUCAAACUUUUAAAGACCAUAAACGUUUUAGCAAGCCGAAAUUGUCACCCACUGACUUCACCAUAUGUCAUUAUGCUGGUGAUGUUACAUAUCAAACAGAGUUCUUCAUAGAUAAGAACAAAGAUUAUGUUGUUGCUGAGCAUCAGGCACUCCUGAGUGCAUCAGAGUGCUCUUUUGUUUCGGGCUUGUUCCCCCCUUUACCUGAAGAAUCUGCCAAGUCAUCAAAAUUCUCAUCAAUAGGUUCUCAAUUCAAGCAACAACUGCAAUCUUUGCUCGAAACACUAAGUUCCAUUGAGCCUCACUACAUACGUUGUGUGAAGCCGAAUAAUCAACUUAAGCCAGCCAUUUUUGAGAAUAAUAAUGUUUUGCAGCAGCUUAGCUGUGGGGGAGUUAUGGAGGCAAUUAGGAUUAGCUGUGCUGGAUUUCCCAGUAGAAAGACAUUUGAUGAAUUUGCUACUCGUUUUGGCAUCCUCGCACCUGACAUUCUAAAAGGAAGUUUGGAUGAGGUUACUGCAUGCAAGAAGAUUUUACAGAAGGUCAACCUCCAGGGAUAUCAGAUUGGCAAAACAAAAGUGUUUCUCAGAGCUGGUCAGAUGGCAGAGCUAGAUGCUUAUCGUGCUGAGGUCUUAGGAAGAUCGGCACGUGUCAUCCAAAAUAAAAUUCGCUCAUAUGUAUGUCGAAAAAUAUAUAUCCGGUUGCAGUCAUCUGCCAUUGAUAUCCAAGCCGUGUGUAGAGGACAAAUUGGACGGCAUCGAUAUGAAAACUUGAGAAGGGAAGUUGCUUCUGUGAAAAUCCAGAAGUACAGUCGCCGGUAUAUUUCAAAAAACGCUUAUAAAAGUGCGUGGUCUUCAGCUGUUUCUAUUCAAACUGCUAUGCGUGGGAUGGCUGCUCGUAAUGAGCUUAAGUUCAGGAGGCGAACAACGGCUGCAAUUGUUAUCCAGAGUCAAGGCCGACAAUACUUGGGCCGUGUUCGAUAUUUGAGGAUGAAAAAAGUAGCAAUCGCCACACAAUGUGCUAUAAGACAAGAAGCUGCUCGCAAGAAGUUGCUGAAGCUUAGAAUGGAUGCAAAGGAAACUGGUGCUCUCCAAGAAGCCAAAAAUAAGUUGGAAAAGGAAGUUGAAGAGCUAACGUCACUUCUGCAGAAGGAAAAACAAAUGAGAGCUGACAUGGAGGAAGCCAAAACAAAGGAAAAUGCAAAAUUGCAGUCUGCUUUGGAAGAGAUGAAACUCCAAUUGCAGGGUGCAUCCAAAGGUGGUGAACAAGUUCCCGUUGUGCAGGAGGUUUCGGUAGUUGAUCAUGAAAUGAUCAAUAAGCUUACUGCUGAGAAUGAGCAGCUCAAGGUAAAGGCUUUGUUAAAUUCGAAAGAGGUGCAACACCAAUCUCAAGAAACUAAACCACUAGUUAUUAAGGAAGGUGAGGCUGCAACGACAAGAGCAGAACAAGCUCCAGUCCGACAGGAGGUUCCAGUUGUUGGUGAUGAGAUGGUCAACAAGCUUACUUCUGAGAACGAGAAGCUCAAGGCUUUGGUAAAUUCACUGGAGAAGAAGAUUGAUGAAACAGAGAAAAAAUUUGAAGAAACAAGCAGGCUUAGUGAAGAGCGGUUGAAGCAGGCUGUGGUGGCAGAGUCGAAGAUAGUUGAAUUGAAGACUACCAUGCAGAGGCUCCAAGAGAAACUCUCUGACAUUGAAACCGAGGGCCAAGUUUUACGGCAGCAUUCAUUGCGGAUGUCACCUUCUCAGAAGAUGUCAGAACAUUUAGCAGCUGCAACAGCUCAGGCUGAUGGUCAUCAUGAACCACUUAGAGCUACACCAUCAAAAAUUUUUGGCUCAGAGUCUUUCAGGAGAUCCGAAAUUGAAAGGCAACAUGAGAGUGUUGAUGCUCUGAUGAAAUGCGUAACAAGUGAUCUGGGGUUCAGUGAAGGAAAGCCAGUUGCAGCAAUUACUAUAUACAGAUGUCUUCUCCACUGGAAGUCAUUUGAAGCGGAAAAAACUAAUGUAUUUGACCGGCUUAUUCAGAUAAUUGGUUCAGCAAUAGAGGACCAGGAUAACAGAAAUCAUAUGGCUUAUUGGUUAUCCAAUACAUCCAUACUGUUGUUCCUGCUACAACGGAGUUUAAGAACUACGCGAAAGCCUCCUACUCCAACAACUUUUUUUGGAAGGAUGGCCUCAGGCUUUCGGUCUUCUUCUGCCAAUCUUUCUGUUGGUGAUUCUGAUCUUGUGCGUCUGGUUGAGGCUAAGUAUCCAGCUUUGCUUUUCAAGCAGCAACUGACAGCAUAUGUAGAAAAGAUAUAUGGAAUCAUCCGAGACAAUUUGAAGAAGGAAUUAUCACUUCAGUUUUCUUCUUGUGUCAAGGCACCCAAAACAUCAAAAGACAGUGUUGUGAAACCACCAGAAGGGUCCGACAAUAGUAGUUCUCCGGCUAAUCCUUGGAAUGCCAUUGUUGCGUGUCUUGAUGGGUUCCUCUCUACAAUGAAAGAAAAUUGUGUGCCUCAAAUUCUUGUGCAGAAGAUACUAGCUCAAAAUUUCGCAUAUAUCAAUGUACAGAUUUUUAAUAGCCUCCUCCUUCAGCGAGAGUUCUGCACAUUCAGCAAUGGGCAUUAUGUGAAGAAUGGAUUAGCUGAAUUGGAACUAUGGUGUAACCUAGCAAAGGAAGAGUAUGCUGGCUCAUCAUGGGAUGAACUCAAAUAUGUUAGGCAGGCUGUAGGAUUCCUGGUUCUACAUGAAAAGUCUAGAAUCUCCUAUGAUGAACUUACAAAUGACUUGUGCCCUGUCUUGAAUGUUCAGCAGCUUCAUAGAAUAUGCACACUGUUUUGGGAUGAUGUUGACAAUGAACCAAGUGUAUCCCCUGAUGUCAUUUCCAGCAUGAGUUUUCUAAUGACAGAUGAUUCCAGCAACGACGAUAGCAACAAUUAUUCGUUGGAUGACACUUCCAGCAUUCCUUAUUCAGCUGAUGAUCUUUCUAGUGCCAUGCAAGAUCAGACAUUUCCAGAUAUAAAACCUCCUGCAGAGCUUUUGGCGAAGCCAGCCUUCCAAUUUUUACAAGAGUAAGGCUGUCGUUUCUCUACAGUUCUCUUUUUCUCACCGUGCAUGGUGCACAUUUUGACAAUGAGUCAACCGAAACUUCAACUCUUUCAACUCCCUUGACAUUUCUGUGCUGUACAUCCGCUCCAAAUUUCCCCCCUCUGCACGUGUCGUUCUUGUAACUUUCAUUGUCACCAGUGCAACCUUGUUCUUUGCAAUUAGAAAUGUAUAAAAACGCUAGGCUGGUUCAGAUAGGUAGAGGGGCGCCAGGGAUAGUUUCACAGUUCAAGGUUACAUAAUUUUGUUUUAUCUCUUCUUGUAACCGGUCACUUGGGGCCAGAAUUCUUUAUAGGGAUGGUAGGAGGGAAGAAUAUUGUGCAGUAAUGUAUGGGAGGAGCUGAUCUUAAGACUACUGCUCCAGGCCCAGAACUUCAUCUGUACAAAGUAGUUGAAUAUACUACAAGUCAAGGUAUAUAAUAUAUAGUUCAUUUGCUUA